CGGGAAAAUCCAAAAUUAUUUUAAGUUUGUUUUAAACCUUCUAGUUCAGUCGACAUGUCCAGAGAGAAAAUCAUGCUGUAUUGUGGACAGAUCUUAUGACUCCACUGUUGACUUCUCCAUGACAGACAUCUAGAAAGGCGUCGAAAAUCAAUGAGUCCGGUGACGUCUAAAUGUCAGCAGUACACCACGAGAUGACUUCGGAAUCUACGGACAGUACAAUGAGUCUUGAAAGCACACUCUCAGACGAAGUUCCCAAGAACUACCAGUUUGAGGACGUCCCUUUCGGUGAAGGAGCUCAGGGUAAAGUUUAUCGCUUGAAGAACGACGAGAGAUUUGUUGUGAAGAAGAUCUCUGUGAACAAUCCAAAGGACGCCACUAAGCACAAAGACCUACGAGAGCUCAACGUUUUGAGAACACUUGAUCGGCAUGAGCGAAUUGUUCCGUUUUAUGGCUACGUUCCGUUGGAAUUUGAGCUCUUGCUUUUUAUGGGCUUUAUGGAAAUGGGUUCUCUCAAACAAUACAUCCGUAACAACGGCGCCCUAGAUGAAGCCAGAACUAGACUAUAUACAAUUCAGAUUUUGGAAGGAGUUUCCUAUCUACACAACUUAAAGGACCCUAUUAUCCACAGAGACAUUAAAGGUGAGAACGUUUUACUGGAGGAUGAGUAUCACUUGAGACUGACUGACUUUGGUGUCUCGAAGGUGAUCAGUGACCUAACCAAUGCCAGGUCAGACAUCGGGACAUUUAGCUACAGGGCCCCAGAAACAUUCGACCCGUACAAGUCUUAUGAUUUUAAGGCCGAUAUAUGGAGUGUGGGUUGCACUGUAUUUGAAAUGGCCAGCGGCACCGCGCCCUUUGAAUCCACUUUCAAAAACCAAGUUGAAGCUGUCGCUGGUAUCGGAGAAGGUCUGCGACCAGACAUCGAGUUCAAUAAAUGUUCAUGCAACCUGAAAAAAUUCUGGGAUAAAUGUUUUGAAAAAGAUCCAAGCCAAAGACCAACAGCUGACGACUUGCUGGCCAAUGAUGAUUUUCUUAAGCAAGUUGAAUGACACUUGUCAUACCAAUAGAUCUUUAGUCCUUACUGUAGGAAACAAGAAAAACAUUUAAAAAAAAACAACAAAUCUUAUAUUUAUUUGUGCAAAAAAUGUGGGCUAUUCGUGAUCGCGUUUCAAUAGAAUAAACAAAAAAAAUGUGUCCAUUCAGAGCUCUAGCAUUCUCAUUCUCAACUUAUACCACUACAUCUGUCAAGUACGAUUUCUUUCUCUUGUUCGUUACAAAAAAAAAAAAAAUUAAAAUUGAUUCUUGUUUUGUUAGGUAAAAGAAAAAAUUGUGCAAAAUUUCACAUUGAACCAAGAUUGGCUGAGGGAGAAAUAGUGUGUAUAAACUUUUGACCGGACAGAAAGAGUUGAUAGAAGCUUUGUAAACUUGAGAGAAGGCCUAAUGGGCCAUGUAAUCCCAGUUUUCUACUCAGUGGAUCCACUUUGCUUCGCAAGUAAAGAAAGUUUUGAAGAAUUUUAGAAGCGAGGAUUAGUGAAAAGAACAACAGAAAGUAAACAGGUGCCUUAUUGUACAGUCAUUGUUGUCAACUUGAGAAAUAAUAAUAGAGUUUAGAGUUUAGAAUGACAGUUAAUUUUACGUCUUUUAUCAUGGUAGCAAUUGUGUCCAUAUUAUAUUGUUUUAUAUAUUAUGCAAUCAUCUGCAAUCAUUAUUCUGUUUUUUUUAUCUUUUGCAGUUUUAUUUUUUCACACUUUGUGAAUAAAAUUAAAAUGCUACAUUGGUGUAGUCUUAUCAGAGCAUUAUAUGUUACCGCUGCCGUCACUGAUUUUUUAUUUCAGCGGAUAUUAAAUUUAAUACAUUUUAUUA